AUGGAGAAGGUAGAAACAGAUGACCAAAUAGCCCUCAUUAGUAAGCCCAGGAAUAAAGGAGGAAACAGUAAUCUGGCAUCAGCUGGAUUUAACAUUAUCAACUCUAUCAUAGGAUCAGGCAUUAUAGGAUUACCAUAUUCAAUGAAGGAAGCUGGUUUUCCGCUAGGAGUACUGCUUUUAUUUGGGGUUGCCUACAUCACAGAUUAUUCCAUUAUAUUACUGAUCAAAGGAGGAAACCUAUCUGCCACCAACACCUAUCAAGAGCUGGUCAGAAAAACAUAUGGUCUUGUAGGUUAUCUAAUUCUUUCAACUCUGCAAUUUUUAUAUCCAUUUAUUGCUAUGAUCAGUUACAACAUAAUAACAGGAGACACCUUAGUUAAGGUUUUUCAGAGAAUUCCUGGAGUUGGACCAGAUAACGUGCUUAUUGAUCGUCACUUCAUAAUCCUUCUUACCACCAUCAUCUUUACCCUGCCUAUAUCUUUAUAUCGAGACAUAGCAAAACUGGGAAAGGUAUCUCUUAUUUCUCUGAUUUUAACCAUUGUCAUCCUGAUUAUUGUGAUGGUGAGAACAGUAACAUUCAGUCCACAAGUACCAAAAUCAGAAAAUGCAUGGAUAUUUGCAAAAUCAAAUGCAGUACAAGCUAUUGGAGUGAUGUCAUUUG